UGUCCUUUCUUUGCGUAAGGUUCCCUUAGCUGUAUAUACCCCACAAACAGCCUAAGUCCCCCCCCUCCCCAAGCACCAGCCUCCCCUCCCCCACGCAGGCUCCGCACGCCUCCAGUAGUAGAGUAAGGCUGCACUCCCCGCUGCGUGCUGUGCGGCUGGGGGAGGUAGUGCAGACCGCCGUGGGUUCCAGGCCUAGCGCUGUGUGAUGAGGGGCAGGCGCACGAUAAGGCCAGUGCAAACAGCUGCAAACUUUGCGCUCUCAUCCAUAUUCAGCACUCUUCCUCCCCUGUAUGCCUGGAUCACCUCCUCACUACACCGCCGCACUGCACCGGCUGUCCACACACGGGGUUGAUGCCUGCACAGGAUGGAAGAAGUUUGUGAGCUAGCCAGGCAUAGCAGUACCUCUGUUUUCUUUGACACCGCCAAUCCAAAUGCCCAAAGAAAAAGGUGCUCAGGAGAAGGAGGCUGUGAUCCUCCAAAAGGGUAUAGUAGUGUGCCACUGACCUCCACCCUGCAAAGUGGCACAUCGGAAUAUGGGCAGGACUCUUCUUCCUACAUUCCACUACGCAGGCUCCAGGAUCUGGCCUCCAUGAUAAACAUGGAAGGAGCUAAUGGGUUGCAGGAAGCUGAAGGAAACCAGUCCCAACCAAAUUCACAGUCCUUUUAUUAUAGUCCAACUGAACCAGACAUCCAUCAUGCUGCUGGUAAGGAUUCUGCACAUCAAUACUCCUCAGAACUACCUGUAAAAUUAUCCAAAAAUGUAAGGAAUGGAAAUCGCUCCUUUGUUCCUUUUUAUAAUGUAGAAAUGGAAGAACCUGAUUUUAAUAUGGAUCCAUUAAACUAUGACCUACGUGGUAAUGGCUUUGAUAUGGACUUACCUGCAUAUUUUCAACAGUCUCCUGCAAAUAAGAUAAUAGAAGAUUUUAUGCCUGCUGGAGAAACCAGAUCUAGAAUAAUCACUGCUUCUGAGUUUGGAUCAGAAAUAGAGAAUUUGGUAUCCCUUGAUUGGACGGCCAACAGUAAACGUCAGUUGGAAAACAAACUUGAAACAAAAACAAAUUUUUUAUCAAUGAUUUCAGAGUCUGAAAUUCCAAGUGUUGCAAAUGACAGUAAGGAUGUUAUGUGGGAUCAGCAAGGUGAACUUAAUCAUGGUGCUCCUUUACAAGUCGAUAGCAAGAUCAGUGGCCUUCGACCACUCAUUGUUAAUCAUAAAAAUGAUGAACCUUUGUCCAUGGAGGAGGAAAACAAAGCUAUGGAAACACGUGAAGAACCAUUACAUGAUUCAUCUGAAAUAAAACUUAUUGAAAUAUUCAGAGAUUUAGUGUGUCGAGAUGUAACAGCACUACAAACAAUACCUUCACAAUACAACUUAACCUACAAAGAACAUAUGGCUAUCCAAGAAAUGAAGAAAUGGGAUCAAGUUGUGAUAAGAGGAUCUGAUAAGGGUGGCAAUAUAGUAAUUUGGCCACUAGACAUGUAUCUAAAAGAAGCAGCAAAGCAACUAAAGGAUAAAUCCUGUUAUACCAAACUGCUCUUCAAUCCAAUGGAUGGAUACAUGAAAAUCUAUACCAAUCUGAUAAAUAGAGCCCACAAUGAAGGGAUUAUUACUAUCAAGGAAAAGAAGUUCCUUACGGUCACCAAUCCUAAAAUUGCCACCUUUUAUAUGUUACCCAAAAUCCAUAAAAAUGCUGAAAUACCACCAGGACGUCCGAUUGUUUCUGGGAUUGGAUGUCUAACAGAAAAGGCGAGUGAGUACAUAGAUCACAGACUACGACAUUACGUAGAGGAAUUGCCUUCAUAUGUACAGGAUACAAUGCAAGUCUUACAAAGACUUGAACAUCUAACACUUAAUGAGACAACAUGGUUGGUGACAACGGAUGUGGAAUCUCUCUAUACAUCCAUAAACCAUGAACAAGGCUUAAAAGCUGUAAAAUACUUCUUGGACAAAAAUUCGGAAGAAGGCAAGGAACAUGAUGACUUCGUGCUUAAACUACUGAAGAUGGUACCCAUUUGGAGUUACAGGAAUUUCUUGGUCAACAAUAACAAUCGACUGAACUCUAAAUUAACGCAUGAGGAAAGUCUAAUACAGAUUAACUUUCUGGAUAUUACCAUUUGUAAGAACAGAGAUGGGAUCAUUAGCACUGAUCUGUUUAGAAAACCUACUGCGACCAACAGCUUGUUACACAGUACCAGUGCACAUGCCCCAGGUACAAUGAGAAGCCUUCCUACAGGGGAAUUCCUGAGACUUCGCAGAAAUUGCUCAGAAGCUCAAACUUUUGAAUUAAGAGCAUUAGAUCUGGAGGAAAGAUUACUGAAAAGAGGCUACAGUAAAAGAUCGAUCAAAAAGGCCAAACAGAGAGCCCGUCUAACACCACGACAAAAUUUACUUCAUAAAAGGCAGAAAAAAACUAACUCUCAAAUCCCCAGAUUAAUUCUGACUCACAAUACACAAACUCCACAAAUCAUUAACAUAAUUAAGAAACAUUGGAAUAUACUAAUGACUGACCCGUUACUGAAAACCACGCUGGGUCCAAGUCCCUCAUUUGGAUUUAGGAGGACUAAGAACAUCAAAGAUAUUAUUCCCCCCAAACUUUUACCAUUCUGGCAGUCAAGUAUCUCACAAGCCAAAAGCUAUCUUAUGAAGGAGUACAAAAACCAAGGACAACUGGAAAGACAUUUAGACAAGCACACAAAAUAUGGGAAAGAGUGCAAUGGAACCGUGAAUGGAUGUGUCAAGUCUUUACACAGUUCUGUACUGAUACCUUCCACUAAUUCUAUGGCCUGCAUAAAAGGCAAGGAGCUUGUGCCUAUAAUUAAAGAAGAUCCUAACACUAAACUUUCAGAUGACUCGGAUGAGGAACUUGUGUCUCAGGAAUAUUGCAGCAGUGAAGUUAAUGAGUUAGAGUUUGUAAUGGCUUCAUCCCAUAUGGAAAGCAUUAAUAUCAGACAAGAUCUGAAAAACAAACACAGUGUUACUAAAGGGAAGACUACUUCUGACACACCGGUAGCUGACCUGCUUUCCAGUCUUUCAUCUGAGAAGUGGGACAAAAAUGCUGAUGAACUUUCUUAUGACUUUAGGUUAGAAAAGGUGGAUGCUCAGGUUGAAAAUGGCAACAAAGAAUCCAAAAUGUACUAUAUUAAAUCUCCAAAAACUUUUUCAGAUGACAAAAGUGAUAAUGAAUCAAAUGUAUUUACUCUGUCUCCUAAACAAAGUGUGGAUCUAAGGGAACAUUUUCUUUCUGAUACAUGUAAGACACAGAAAAGAAUGAGAAAUCCAUCAGCCCCUAGCUUUUUAAAAUCUAAGAAAAGGAGUGCCACAGCUCCAACAAGUCCUACAAGUUCCAUGAAAGUUGCAGAAUCACCUAUUAAGGAUUCUCUGCUGUUCACAGAAAAUGCAGAAAAUUCCAGUAUAUGGAUUAGUGACCAUGCUCGGAGUGAGAAUUCAUCAAUGCCUACUGUUUCUUCACCACCUUGCGGAAAUUUAAGUUCCUCAUUGGAAAAUAGUAUUGAUUGUCCAAAUGUACAAACAUUCACUAAUGUAACCAUUUCAUUACCUGUUAAAGGCAAAAACUGGACAACAGGGGACUUAACUCACGAAUGUAGUAAUGAAGACUCUUCUUAUGGUUCUGUGAAGUCUUUUAAAACGUCUCCCAACAAGUCUGAACAUGUAGAAGCAGUAAGUCUUUUAAGCAAUAUGCAUGAACGGUCUCAAGACUCUAUGGAGAUAGAAACAGCAGUUGUAAAGAAUGUAAUCUCUGGACUAAAAGAACUGUCCUCUAGGUCAGCCGGUGAAGAAGUAACAGAGAAUACAAUAAAUAAACAUUCAGUGCCCUUACUUUUUCCAUCACCACCUCGGAAGAGUAGAAUUCCUCUGGAACCAGAUUAUAAAUACAGUAGCUUGCUGAUGAUGCUGAAAGAUAUUCAUGAUACCAAGACAAAAGAGAGACAGUUGAUGACUGGGCAAAAUACAACACCUGUCUGCAGUCAGUCUAGUGGGGACUGUUCUAAUAUAAACUCGGAUAUUGACAGCAAUCCUUUACUUAAAAAUGAAGUGACCCAUUCAUCAAACAAUAAGGUGACUGAUAUAACUCAUAGUAUGAAGCAAGUGGAUAGCUCAGAUGACCUUUGUUCCAUGGAACCAAAAGAAUCCAAUAACAACCCAGACUUAAAUACUAUUGACAAUAUUGUUUUGGAGUUAAAAAACUUGGAAAAUGGGGAUCUGUCUCCUUCGGAUAUACAAAAGAGAAAUCUUUCUUCAAAAUGCACAAAUGAUUUGUUACAUAGGAGUUUACUGGAAGGGACUGAACUUAUUUCUUUGUCCCAAUGUUCAUCUUCCACUAAAGAAAAAACACUUGAUAUGGAAGGAAUACAAUCGUGUGAUCAAUUGCCACAGUUGCCUUUUGUGUUUCCUGGUAAAAAGAAAACUCAGCCAAGCAACACUCAUGGCUCUCUUAAAGUUUACAAAGAAGACACUGAACUAGAAUCUGAACUAAGCAACGAGUGCUCAGGGUGGGAAGAGUCAGAUGAGAUCAAUUGUGUUGCUCCGAAAAAGCGCUGGCAAAGAUUUAACCAAAGUAGUCAAGAAAGCAAUACCACUAGCUCAUCUCCAAAAGCUUGCAGAAAAAAUAUACUUGACAGUGUAGCUCAGCACAAAGAGGACCAGAAAGUCUUAGAAUUGGAGCCUAGCCUUGAAGUAACAUCAGCAGGACCUGAACCUAGUGGCGUAGCAGCACAGCCUGAGCUUCCAAAGAGAGCAAAAAAUCUGAGAAAGAAAUACCGGAAGAGAGCACGGAAGAGAAACCUAAAACGUAGAGAAAACAGUCAGACCAUCUAUCCAAAGAAAAGGAAAACUGCUGUCCAGAAUGAAGUAAAUAACAUGACUGUAUCUCCAGUGCAUCCAAAUAAUUCUGAGUGUCCCACUGUUGGAAAUGAUAUUCAUGAACCCUCUCCUACAGCUUUACAUGUUGCUGUUUCUUCAACGGUGACAACAGCAUCGCAGGAACCUGUAUGUGACUUGUCUGAGAAGAGUUUGCAAAAUCCUACUUUAACUCCAGUGUUGCCCUCUUGCAAUUCUGCUGAUCCAUCUGUAGCCUCAGUUCAAACUUUGGAAUUAAAAACAGGAAGUAAAGGUUUCCAUAAAAAUAGAAGCAGAAGCACAGUAAUUCCAAAACAUCCUGAAACCAUUGAUGUGAACACACAGCUUGAAUCAGAGGUGGAUCCUGCUUCCACAAAUAUGGCCUGCAAAUCCGUUUCUUUCAAGACAAAUGCAUUAAAGGCUGGUUCUUCUUUCAGAUUUAGAGCAGCAUCCAAGAGACUCCCUGAGAAUCGGACAAGGCGGAAGCGGUUAAGGCUUACUGGGAAAUUCAAGAAAGAGAGGAAACGUUUGAAAUCCAGAAAGACAAUUUGUGCUGAGGGUGCGAUACAUGAGAAUGGCACAGCUGCCAGUCCAAGUGACACUGCUGAAGAUAGUUUAGAUCAUGAUCAUGGUCACUCAAGAAGGAACUUUGCUGAGAGGGGUGGAGGAGCUGCUAUGAAAGAGAAUGUGUGUCAGGUGUGUGAGAAGCCAGGAGAAUUGUUGCUUUGUGAAGCUCAGUGCUGUGGUGCUUUUCAUUUGCAAUGCCUUGGCUUGAGCACAAUGCCUCAGGGAAAGUUUAUCUGCAGUGAAUGUUCCACAGGUGUUCACACCUGCUUUGUCUGCAAGACCUCUGACCAAGGAGUUAAGCGCUGUUUACUCCCACUCUGUGGCAAAUACUAUCAUGAGAAAUGUGCUUUUAAAUAUCCACCAACCACACAGCACAAUAAAGGCUUCCGCUGUUCCCUACACAUCUGUGCUACAUGCCACUCCACCAAUCCAAGCAGUCCGUCUGCCUCAAAAGGUCGUCUGAUGAGAUGUGUGCGGUGCCCAGUCGCUUACCAUGCAAAUGAUUUCUGCUUGGCUGCAGGGACAGUAACCUUGGCCUCCAACAGCAUUAUUUGCCCUAACCACUUUACACCUCGCCGUGGUUGCAAGAAUCAUGAACAUGUUAAUGUUAGUUGGUGUUUUGUGUGCUCUGAAGGUGGAAGCCUCCUAUGUUGUGAAUCAUGUCCUGCUGCUUUUCACAGAGAAUGUCUAAACAUAGAUAUGCCAGAGGGGAGCUGGUUCUGCAAUGACUGUAAAGCUGGCAAAAAGCCACAUUAUAAGGAGAUAGUGUGGGUUAAGGUGGGAAGAUACAGGUGGUGGCCCGCCGAAGUCUGUCACCCUAAAAAUAUUCCUGUAAACAUCCAGAAAAUGAAGCAUGACAUUGGAGAGUUUCCAGUAUUGUUUUUUGGUUCUAAGGACUAUCUGUGGACCCACCAGGCCAGAGUGUUCCCAUACAUGGAAGGGGAUGCUCACAACAAAGACAAAAUGAGCAAGGGAGUAGAUGCAACUUACAAGAAAGGACUGAUGGAAGCUGCAGAAAGGUUUGAAGAACUGAAAGCUCAGAAAGAAAUGAGGCAGUUACAGGAAGAUCGGAAAAAUGAUAAAAAGCCUCCUCCCUUCAAACACAUCAAGGUGAACAGGCCGGUUGGGAAGGUCCAAAUCUUUACAGCAGAUUUAUCAGAAAUUCCUCGCUGCAACUGCAAGGCCACUGACGAACACCCUUGUGGACAGGACUCAGAGUGCAUCAACCGCAUGCUGUUAUAUGAAUGCCAUACUUCUGUAUGCCCAGCUGGGGACCGCUGCCAGAACCAAGAUUUUUCCAAACGUCAGUACCCAGAGGUGGAGAUCUUUCGCACAGGGAGCCGUGGCUGGGGUCUGCGCUGUAAGACUGAUAUCAAAAAGGGUGAGUUUGUUAAUGAGUAUGUGGGGGAAAUGAUUGAUGAAGAGGAGUGUCGAGCACGUAUCCGUUAUGCUCAAGAACAUGAUAUAACAAAUUUCUACAUGCUCACACUGGACAAGGACCGUGUAAUUGAUGCAGGGCCCAAAGGCAACUUUGCUCGCUUUAUGAAUCACUCUUGUCAGCCUAAUUGUGAAACUCAGAAAUGGACUGUUAAUGGUGAUACCAGAGUUGGCCUUUUUGCCCUCUGUGACGUGAAAGCAGGGACCGAGCUAACUUUUAACUACAAUCUGGAGUGCCUAGGAAAUGGGAAGACUGUUUGUCAGUGUGGAGCUCCCAACUGUAGUGGCUUCCUCGGAGUGAGACCCAAAAAUCAGCCAGCAGUUUCAGAGGAUAAAGGCAAAAGAAAGAAACAGUAUACAAAACGUAAACGGCAAAAAGAGGUGGUCAAAGAGCACGAGGAUGAGUGUUUUAGCUGUGGAGAUGGAGGGCAGCUUGUAUCCUGCAAAAAGGCAGGUUGUCCAAAAGUGUACCAUGCUGACUGCCUAAACCUCACCCGUAGACCUGCUGGUAAGUGGGAAUGUCCAUGGCACCAGUGUGAUAUCUGUAACAAGGAAGCUGCUUCAUUAUGUGAAAUGUGCCCCAGCUCCUUCUGCAAGCAGCAUCGUGAGGGUAUGCUCUUCAUCUCCAAGCUGGAUGGACGAUUAUCUUGCACUGAACAUGAUCCAUGUGGACCUCACCCCUUAGAACCAGGAGAAAUCAGGGAGUAUGAGCAGUCCUCUAGUACAAAAGAUAACCCUACUGAAUCCUGUCCUGCAAAAGAGGCCAAGAAGGGUGUUACUUCCUCAAAUGAAAGAAAACUGAAUACUUUGCAAGCAAAGGUUUUGAUGGCACCCAAAGUUACAAGUUCCCUUACUCCUGGGGAAGUGAUGUUGGCUGUUACAAAAAACUCUAAACCAGCUGGGAAAAUGGUACUGGCAUCUGCUCCACGAAAAAUUUUGCCUGCUGGAAAAUUACUUUUGGCAUCAACUGGACAGAAGUCACUCCCAAAUAGGAAAGUCAUUCUCACCUCUGCAGCCCCAAAACCAUUGCCUACUGGGAAAGUGCUCUUGACCUCCUUGGGGAAAAAAUCUCUGCCUGCUGGAAAGCUUGUUUUGGCUUCUGUUGGAAAGAAGAAUCUCUCCGCUGGGGAGUUUUUCUUAACAUCUGUUGACAAUAACUCUUCAACAGUUGGGAGAGUGUUUUUAACUUCUUCUGGGAGGCAGGUUAAUCCAGCAGGGAAAGUUCUAAUGGCGUCAGCUGAAAAGCAUUCUGAGGUGGAUGAGAAGGGGCAGUUAGCUUCUGCUGUAAAGCAAAAGACAACUGCUAAGAAAGCUUUUUGGGCUAAUGGGUUAGGAAUUCCUGUAGACAAUACAGAUCAUGUAAAAGUAAACAAGAGUAUGUCAGACACUACACUUCGGCUGGGUAAGAGACCAUUGACAAUAACAUCUAAAGAGGACUUUGGCACACAGAAGUCGUUGACUGUAAAACUCAAAAUUGCUAAACAAGAAUCAAAACCUCACGAAAAAGAAAAGCUCAAUACACCAUCCUCUGUAGUAAAACAAGUAAACAACAAAAAUCUACAUUUAACUGCCAAGCCAAGAGAGAAGCCUAAGCCCCCUUUAAAGAGAUCGUCUUCUAGAAAAUCUCAAGAAACCCCAAGUACAUUUAAAAAAAGAUCAGGUUCAGCAGUCAGAAAGAAAAGAUCUUUCAGUCCAUGUCCAAAAGAGAAACCUAAAACCCCUGCACAUAACUCUUGUACAAGAUCCAAGAGCAAAAAACAAAGGUCUCGAUCAGCGUCAAAAAAGCCUUCCAAACCAACAAUUAAAAAGAAGUCAGUAGAUUGUAUAGAGACUCCUUUCACUUCUGCACUUUUAGACCAGCCUUUAUCCCCUAUAAAGCAAUCAUUUGCCUCUCAAGAGACACCUAGUCCUGUUAGCAGUGUUAAUUCUUCGCCUGUUACCAGUUUCUCUCAGAGCCCUGCAUUGUGUUUCUCACCUGAAGGAAAAUAGAUGUGCAUAUAUGGCCCAGUAUUGAAAAUUAAGUGUAUUACACAGUUAAAUCAAAAGGCAUAAUCAACCAUUUACAUCUGUUCUGAGAAACAGUAGAGGGCAUCUCUGAAAAAUUACUUUUAUCAGAGUGACUGCACAAUCUUUGCACACAAUAGAAAGAGAAAUAUAAUUCUAAACAAUAAUAAUCUCAUGUUUUAGUAACAGAUGCACAUUGUGUCCACUAACCAUGUUUUAUCAGUUUUCAGCUCUUCUAGCACUCAGUGUCUAUAGUAUGGUGUUACAAGAUCACCUUGUAGUGAAACAGCUUGAGUCAAACAACUCUGGAUAUGCAUGAAAAAGGGCAACAUGCAAAGAAUGCUGCUCAUCCGAUCUGUAGGCAAUAGGGCACUUCAGUGUGUUACAGUAAAAAAAUAAUAGCAGUAUGGGAUUAACUGUUGGGAAAAAAAUAGAGGUGCCUUAUUAAAAAGAAGUGUAAUCGUCUUACAGAUCACACAGAAUUUUAGGGAGCUGCAUACAAUCUUGUUUGGUUUGUGUGCAUUUUUAUGGUGCGGACACAAAUUGGUUACACCCAGAUAAGUUGGUAUUGCACACCAAAGGUUCCUAUUGACAAUAUAAAACAUAAAGCUUGCAUAACAGAUUUUUCUGCCUUUUUAUAUACAUGCCAAACAAAAACUACUGCUUGAGAGGCAAUUGCUGUAAAUCAUUUAAAUUGUAUUGGAUAGCAUGGAACAUUUCACUUUAAAAGCAGCAAGUUGACCAAACAGUAGACUGCUGUGUAUUUCUAAGAAAGCUGUCCAGAAAUACAUUUUAGGAAACAUUCUGAGAUGUUGCUAGUUUCUAUCACAAUCCGCAAAGAAAGUCUUCAUAAUAUCAUUCAGAAAACAUAAAUUUUUAUUUUUUAGGUAUUUUACUGUUGUUGUUUGGUCCUAAUCUUCAGAUUUUAGCUAUUUUGUGCCAGUAUCUUAGAAGCUUGCAAUGAAGAGGGGGAAAAAACAUUGGAUGAAAACCAAAUUUAGUUUUUAUACACCCUAUAAAUCCUCACUAUGUUUGGAGGAUUUAUGAGGUAAACAUCCUAUGACUACAGUUUAUUGUAAUGAUACUCUGAAUUGCAUUCUAUGAGUUAUCAUGUUUACGUAUUGACCCAUAUUUACUAAUGGUGCUAAACCAUAAGUUAACAAUGCACAUCUGUAAAUGGCUCUGUACAGUAUCUUAUUGCUUAGAUCAGUUAGUAAAUAUGGCUCUUCUCUUGAUGCAAUGACAGUCUGUUACCAGACCUGCUUUUUAGAUGCAUAUUAGUGAUCCCUCAUUGCAGCUCACAAAGACCCCAUACUUUUCAACAGUUUCCUAUCUGCAGAUUAAACUUAAUCCUGCCUUUGUUGAAGUCGAGCAAUCUUAAAAUGGGAAUCAUGGUGCUACAGGCAGCUGUGCUUUGUGUUUUACUGUAUUUAUAUAUAAAUAUAUAUUAUUUUUUUAAACCAAAACGGUGUUGUGAAUUUUGGUGUUGGUUACUGUACCAGUGCCUAAUGGAUGUGACAGAACCAGAGAUUAGUUUUUUUGCUGAUGCUUUCUGUCCUGUCUGCUUUUCCUGGUCAUCAGCACAUUCUUUAUCUUAUGUGGAUACUGGAUCAGAAUCUGAAAGCCAGGAAGGUUUUGCCUAUUUUUAUAUUGUUUUUUGCCUUCUUUUUUUUUGGGGGGGGGGGGGGGGAUUUUUUAAAAUAAAAAAUUAGAAGUUUUGUGAUUUUUAGAAUCUAAAUUAUAGAUGUAUAUAUGUUGGGGAGUUGUCUUUGGAGUAGAGUGGUUUUGUGUUGCCCACAAGUAGAUGCUGCAUCUUCUUCUAUAGAUGGAUAUGAUGCUGUCCCAAUUAUUUGCUUCAGCAGCGUGUUCUCGGUAUGUUAAAACCACUAGUCACAUCCUGUGGGUAGUAGUUGUAUGCCAUCCUCUGUCCUGCUUAGCAGUAUAUAGUUUCCUCUCAUCUUGUGGGCAGUGACAACUUGGUGAGUAGUCCCACUCAAGUUAUUCUUUUAAUAUGGCAGCCAAAGAACAGUGUUCAGAGACUCUGCCACUUUAGAUUAAUUAGAGAAAUAUAUAAAUCCAUGAUCCCCCAAGUAAUUCUGUAUUAGACAGAUUUUAAUCCUUUGUGAGGGCCCAGGCAGCAAGAAUUUAUUACGUUUGCGUGUAAUCUUGACCGUGACUAUUGACAAAUGCAACUGUAUUCUUUAAAACAUAUUAGGGAAUGGAAUAUAUUCUUGAUUGUGAAAAUCUUAGAUACAUUACAGCCAAAAUUAGAAUCUACAUUGAUGAAUUUCAGCUUUGAAUAGCUUUUUUGUAAUAUACAUGUAUAAGCAAAAAUGCUUCUAAUAAAAUCUAUAGCAAGUAUUCACCGUGCACCAGCAUUGUAAACACAGAACAUGCUCAGAGAGCCUAAGGUGCUUGUACCCAUCUCGUAAUGACUCAAUUUGUUAAUUGCUGACUUGAUACAAGCCCCACUGGAGCUCUGUACAGCUACAGUAUUUAAAAUGCUGGUCAGCUGAGAAUAUAUAGCUAUGUUAACGCUAGAAUAGUGAUAACUUUUACUAGAACCAUUUUUGCCAAUGCAUAUAUAUUGCAAAUGUUUCUAUUCAAAGAUGUAAUUUGUCUAUGUGCAUUUAAAUUCUGACCGGAACGUCCCUUUAAACACUAAAAAAGAUUUUAUAAGCAUAGUAUUGAGGUUAUUCCCCACCUCCCUCUAGUCCUGGGUGCCACCAUGUUGAAAUCUAUCGUUUACUACAUUUCAGUGCUGACAUGUUUGCACAUGUGCAGUAACUCUUCUUCAGACAUCCCCAGUGUAACCUAGGUUCCAUAAUGGCAGCACCCAUGAUUAAAAGGAGGUGCAUGAAAUUUUAGUUUUCCUUUAAAUAAGAUGUUUGUUACUUGUUUUCCUGUAGCAAAUUAUCGUGUCAUCAACUAUCUAUGCAUUAUUGUCCUAGGCAGAAUCAUUCUUGGGAUAUGAACUUAUCUUUGUGGUACUGUAUGCUAAAUUUGACCCACAAACAUGGAUAGACUUUUUCUCAAGUGAUAAAACCUAUGCUAUUCUAUGGCACCAUUUCUCAAAAACAGAGAUUUGUGUUUCUUGAAAGAGGCUCCAUAGUGUGUGUAUGUAUGUAUGUAUAUAUGUAUAUAUAUAUAUAUAUAUAUAUAUAUAUAUAUAAAUAUAUAUAUAUAUACUAUGGAUUAUAUAUAAGAUAGGAACUGGAGAGGUUCCAUUCUAUUAGUAAAUUAGAGUAGGAUGGCAGAACUGCAUAGCAACACAGGUGAAUCAAAUUAGUACAGUUUAUCACAGAAUGUAUUAAGGAUGUCUCAGGAAAGUAUUUGGUUUUUGGGAGAUAAAAAAUGGUUGAGCAACAAGUAGCCAAUUUUAAGUUGGGUUUUUUUGUACCAUGUUUGUUAAAUGGCAAGUCCUUAGAGCUAUUACAUGUCAACAAGUAAACAUCUGUACAGACAGCAUACAGUUUGACUGCAAAUGCCUACUUAUCUCUCCAAGAACGGUUUAAAGCCUAUGUUUAUAUUAGCGCAACUAAGGGUUUGCUAAUACACAAUCCCACUAUAUCACCUAUCUAUUUUACACUUGUUCCAUUCAGUGUUCCACAUGCAGUGGUGCUACCAAACUCUGAAGUUAUGAUAGUUAUGUGCUGAAUAUCUGUGCCAGCUUGUACCAUGUGCAACAAUCGAAUAUAAACAGAGACAGAAGCUCACAAUUCGCCAUUUGAUGGGUGUGUGGCAUCUGCAAUAUCACUAGUGUUUUCACUUUUUAUUACUGUUUUCUCCUGUGUAACUACAUUCUUGCAUUUUCUAUCACCAAUGGAAGGAAAUACUGCCUUUCAUGAAUAUGUACUGUAAUACUUUGUAAAUAGAAGAAUACUGUAAAGUUUAACUUUA